CUGCGUAGCAGGCUGACUGUGACUGUGGCGUAGAUUAGUGAUCACAAUGUGUGUUUACAGACUUUACAAAGCAAGAAAGUUUAAAUAGGUCAGACCUUCGCUACUGGGAUUUUUCUGUACUGCACUUCUCUCCUGGAUACACUCUUGUUUACGUUCGAGUGGAACUAGGCCUACCCGAACCGCUAAACGGAGUUUUUUUUUGUUUUUUUUUUCAUUCUUCAAAAUUAAGAAUUAUAACAGCAGUGCCAAGACCGCAAGUGACAAUUAAAGAUAAGCAAUGAUUGCUUGGUGGAAUGAAAUUGAAAACAAUGUUUUACAGAUACUUUAUAUAUUGUCUGGCUUUCCAUUGGGAAAAUAAUCAUCCACUAGCCUAUCAGAUAAUAGAAGAAGGAGAAGAUGUUACACUGAGUUACAGCUGGCCUGAAGGUAACCAACUAGAAGUUUCUUGGUUUAAAGACUCGACCCUGAUCUCCAGAUGUGACUCCUCGUUUAGUUGUACUGACUUUAUAUCCAACUACUCCAAGACCAUUGUCAGAAGAUCGAACUUCACAGAGGACGUCGAUAUUUCUAUUCACAUUCCUUUCGCCACUCGACUAAGUUCUGGCCUCUGGAGAUUACAAAACACAGGCUUAAGGAGAAAUACAAUUCUGAAAAGUUAUGCACUACAAGUCAUUGCCAAGGGGGACGCCAUUGAGUGCAUUCAUGAAAUGAAUGACUGCAAUUUUACAAUUGUGUGCAGUCUUCGGAGAGUCUAUCCACAGGCUGAAUGUAGAGCCUCAGUCCGUUUGAACGAGAGAGAAUGCUACAGCGGUAACAGCAACCUGGCCACUAACAAAGAAAUGAUCAAAGAGAGUGACUACUUUGAGUCUAACUGCACCAUCGCAAUGUCGUACAUCAUAUUCCGACCAUCUGUGGUGGAUGUAGACGUCAGUAUGUAUCCAAAUGUCACUGGCAAAGAGGACGAUGCUAAAGUGGGCCAUCGGAAAUCUUUCCAAUUUAAAUUAGAUAACGUGAACAGUGGAUCUGUGGCGUGUGCGAGAUUUAGACCUGCGGACAAACAACUCAUAUGCAAAGCUCCAAGAGUGGAACAUGGCAUAGAUGAUAUAUCGUUAAUAAAAAGUUCACAAGUUCAAAAUAAUUCCACUGUUGCUACUCCUAAAGCUGAGCCCCCGUCUUUCAGUUGUGAGCAUGAAGUCCAGAACAAUGUUAUCAUCAAUUGUUCAGCCGCUAGCAAAUAUCGAUUGGAAGAGUGCAUCUUCUAUAUAGCUGCAGAAGAGGAGAAUGAGUUUAUUAAGAAAGUUGGAAACAAAAUUGCAACAGGCGAUUCUAGUCCGGAAGAAGCCUCCAGAAUACAGCAGUGCUCCAUUGAAAUCCCAUUGGAACGAAUCGGAAAUGAUAUUUACGAUGUUGAAGUUCGUAUGCUUUUUAAUACGUCAGCAGGAAAUAUUGUUUCUGAAGGUCAUUUCGUCUUUGUCAUAGAUCUAGCUAAUCUUGAGCAAGAGGAUGGAUCCAAGCAAUUCUAUAUCAUCAUUGGACUUACAGUGCCCAUUAUAACCAUCUUCCUAGUGAUUUUAGGCAUUUUCCUUGUUAAAUAUUUACACAGAAAAAAAACAACGCAAAACCCUCGUGUCAGAGAAUACAAUCAUAGACGAAAUGGUAAUACUGUUUUGAACCGAGAAGACAGCAAUGACUCCCUGUAUGUCACUGUUGAUUAGUUCUGACAAGACUAAAUGUCUUGAAAUAGACGAGAAGGAACAAUUACCAAAGGAAAACAAAUUCAAUCACAGGUGCCAAAGGUGAUUUAUAACAUUCCGUUUUGAUUUUCAUAGACACUCUCUGUAAAACAUGAACAAAUGAGUUGAUGGUACAUAAAAUGAACAAAUGAGUUGAUGGUACAUAAAAUGACCAGAGGAGUUGAUGGUACAUAAAAUGAACAGAGGAGUUGACGGUACAUAAAAUGAACAAAUGAGUUCAUGGUACAUAAAAUGAACAGAGGAGUUCAUGGUACAUAAAAUGAACAGAGGAGUUCAUGGUACAUAAAAUGAACAGAGGAGUUCAUGGUACAUAAAAUGAACAGAGGAGUUCAUGGUACAUAAAAUGAACAGAGGAGUUCAUGGUAGAUAAAAUGAACAGCAAGUUGUUCACGUCCUGGCUUAUCCAGAGUGCAUUAAUAGUCAAUAUUAAAACACAACUUGAAUCUAUAUGACCUGAAUCCAUUCAUGUUAGCGCAGUCAUUCAUUACAUUGAACCAUAUACGUUUAUUACAAACGUUGAAUGUGUAUAGACUAGUACAACGCCUGUGUUGUGAGCACUCUGCUUUAUGGGAGUGAAAGCUGGUCAACAUACAUGUACCAAGAGCAUCUAUUGAAUAGUUUCCACUUGCGCUGCCUGAGACGCAUAAUGGGCAUCUCUUGAAGGAAGUCUGCCGUUCUAGAAUUGGCUUGAUUUACCACACCAGAUUCUGCCCCGUCUUAAGAUUAAGCCAAAACCAGUGACUCAUUUGGGCGCAUCCAUUGCCUUUCGAGACAAAAGGAGCCAUACAUGAAUGUGUAUACUUAUUUGACUAGAGCCUCAAUAUUAGUAACAUCCCUGAAAAAAACAACAAAAAAAAAACAAAAAAACUCUAAUUGGAAACUCAGAGAUUGUUUUAGCGAGUCAGGUAGCCAUAGAUAGGAAUAAGACAGAGAAAAAAUAAAUGCAUUUUUUUUCACACGUUUGAUUCUUAGUUCAAGCAAUCAUGUUUUGUUUCCUUCCUAACUCUUUAUAUUUUUAGCUUUAGCAUUGUUAUUCUUUAAAGUCUGUUUCUGCUUGCAAAAUAAAUUUUAUUUAAAUGUUGUUUUUUUAUUUUAUUUUUAACGCCGAUCUCUUAAAUAUUAAAUUGCUUAUACUGUAUUUAUUGCAUUCUUACAAUAAUGUAUAUUCACUGGAGCGCCUGUAUUGUGUUCCAAGACAUAUGGAGCCAUAUAGACAAUCAAGAAUAUUUGAUUUUAAUUUGCUUUUAUUUCUAUAAUAUAACCAAAUGGGCAUUUUAUUUUGUUCUGAUUACUACAAGAGGCAGCUUUGUAAUUUGUUAUUGAAAUGUUAUUACAAUCUUAUGUUGUUGUUUUUUAGCGGACCUCAAAAGAGGAAAAGCCGCUGUUAAUUUGUUGUGUUCUUCCCGUCCGUCCGUCUCUUUUAGAGCUCAGAAACUAGAAAAAAAUCAGAUUUCUUGUAUUUAAGGUACACAUUUUCUAAUAAAUUUUUUUAUUAACAA